AUUGAUUCUUCCUGAUAACUCCAUAAAAACUCAAUUAUUCAAUUCUUUUUUCACGCAUACCUUUAUAUAUUAGGUUAUUUUAUUAUUUUUUAUAGAAAAUGGUCUGAAAUUUUACUACAUUUUUUAUUAUAAUGGAUGAGGGUGAGAAGCCUCAUUUAAUACCUUAUCGCAAGGAUUCUACUCAAAUCUUCUUCAAAGUUGAUAAAAAGAAUAAAUUUCAACCCUCUAAUAAAUCAGAUCUUACACCAGUUUCUAGCAAACAAAGAGAUUCUGUUGAACGAAAGAGGUGUGACUGUGGAGGUUCUACUCAUGUCGUGUUUAGUAACUGCAUGAGUUGCGGUCGUCUGUGUUGUAAUCUUGAGAAGGAAGGCCCUUGCAUGGAUUGCAACGGCUAUGUUUACCCCGUUGAUUCCAGUGAUAUUCCUAAGGAUCACUUAGAUAACCCUGAUUAUAAAAACGCCGUUAAUUUAAGGGAUAAACUACUAUCUUUUGAUAAUAUGUACCAAAGUGAAGACUUUAAGGUUAAUGAUUUGAAAAGCGGCUGGUUUGAGGAGUUUCACGACAUUUAUAAUGACAAAUGUGUUGUUCCGGAAUUUGAAAGGACUGACCAAGAUGUUUUAAAAUAUGAUCUUGACCUAUAUACUGGCAGACUUAGCGUCUCCAACUUUAACCAGCCUUUAUAAUUUUAUAUACCCACUA